CGAGAGGAGGCAAUGAACGUCGGGCUUGUUUGGAUUUUUCUGAAUUCCUCGUGCUGCAAAACCUCCUCGCAUGGGUCCUCCUUCCGUGUGCCCCCCCGUUCUGAUUCAUGUUGCAAAAUCGCUUCCCUUCGAGCAUUCGUAAUCAAAAUUAUUGCCUACAUUACAAUCGUCACGGAUAUCGAUCGCUUCCUUGACGAGGAACUUCCCCUGCGCCCUCGACGGCGUCUCACCUGUGCCUCGCGGUCAACAACAGCCGCGCUACCAUCAUUACGGCUGUCUGUCAAGUUGCGGAGGAAGCGGAAGAAGAAGAAGAAGAAGUUGAAGAAGGAGUUGAACGGAAUCUGACGAAAAUUACCUUCCAUUGCCGUCAACAUGUUGCAGCGGACUGGGAUGAGAGGGCUUUGAUGACUAGGUUGUCGAGUCGUUGGUUGCUUUGAACGUGGUUUGGGUUUGGGCGGGGGCGGGGUGGUUUGAUUUUGAGAUUUUGGAGCGAUGUGGUCGUGGGUUUGAAGGGGCAAGGAUUGAUUUGGAGUUGAACAGUGGGAUGAGUUCUUGUUGGGGUGCUUUUGGGGAUGAUGGGACAGGGAUAUAAGAGGCGUAAUUUUGUCAAUAGAAUCCGAAGUAAGAGAUGAGUUUUUUUGGGUUGAUGAUGGAGUUGUUGUUGGAGGUGGAGAGGGGGUGUGUUGAGGAAGGGAGAGGUGGGAAAGGGAGAGAAGAUGCUGGUGUCUUGAUUGGGCUGAUGGAAGUUGGGAAAGGUACAUUGUUUCGUCUUUGCGGCGUGCGAGUUGCGUCUUGGUACCCCUCUUUGAUUUGCGUUAUGAUUGUUCUACUUUUGUCCGUGACACGUCGGGGAAAUUCAGUGGAAUGGACGACAUCGCAUGUUCUGUACACUCCAAUUGAUCACGAGUUUGUGUUGACCCUUUGUGCUAAUUUGGAAGUCCUUUUUUUUGGAGUAGAGAAUAAUGUGGAUUCUUGAGGUUUCUUACUUGCCGUCCCUGCACAUCUUGUGAACACAGGUUUUACGAUUCCGGUGUUCUGUUUGAUUAAAAUUAUACCAUAUGCAUCUCCUGCGCUCUCCCAGUUUUCGUUGCUCCUUCGUAGGUCGUGUUGUGGACUUCAUCUCCAGAAUGGGAAAAAUGUCCUCGAAAGUCGCUCUUCUUGUCAAGUCGAGGCACGAGUGCAGUGUUUUUAACUUCAAUUUGUUUGCUGUUGAGUUUUAGAGUGUUGGUGAGCUCCUCCACACGUUCUAGGUCGACUUUUCCCUCAUCUGAUGCUAUUGUUGUGAGUUAGACGUAUGGAAGGUUAUCAGUCCAAACGCACUGAAACCUUCCUCAUAUUCAGGGUCGAGGAGCAAUGUAACUAUGCCCAAUCAACAGGCGCCCACAUGGAAGGCGGCCCUGUGUUCGGGCAAGCCCAAGAUUGAGUCCUACGAGAUCAACAACCUUCUAUAUGCAAAUGUCCAGGGACACACUGGCGAUUGACUCUGUCUUGGGAUUCUACAGCAUGAUUCUGUCUCAGGCUCGCUUUAGACUAUCGAUGAAGCGGAGGAAUGAGUCCGAAGAAAGACACGGAGUUCAGAUGAAUGGUUGGAACGGGCACUCGAAUUCUGAUCAUAGCCAUGCGCCUACUCCCUCAGGUCCACGAGCGAGAGCCAGCCGGUCGAAGACGGUGAAGCAGACCAAGAAUUGCCCAUUAACUCCAGGACAUUCAGGCAUCCGAUCUCCCACAAGCAGUGCACCGACUCCAACAAGCAGCUGUCGCUAUGACAGCUCACUAGGUCUCCUGACAAAGAAGUUCAUUGAACUUAUUAAGCAAGCAGACGAUGGUGUAUUGGAUUUGAACAAGGCUGCAGAUACUUUGAAUGUACAAAAGAGAAGAAUUUAUGACAUCACCAAUGUUUUGGAAGGGAUCGGGUUAAUUGAAAAGAAGCUGAAAAAUCGGAUUAGAUGGAAGAGACUUGGAAUGGCGCGAAAUGCUGAUAUCAAGGAUGAUGGAGCAGGAACACAGACUGAGGUGGAGGAUCUGCUCAAUCAAGAAUCAAAUCUUGACGAGAGCAUCAGUGAAAUAAGGGAGCAGUUGAAGAACUUAAGUGAAGACGAUCACAAUAAACAAUGGCUCUAUGUCACAGAAGACGACAUAAAAAAUUUGCCCUGUUUUCAGAAUGAGACGCUUAUUGCUAUCAAGGCACCUCUUGGGACAACUUUGGAAGUGCCAGAUCCAGAUGAGGCAGUGGAGUAUCCUCAUAGGCGAUUCCAGAUUCUGCUUCGCAGCAAUAUGGGGCCCAUUGACGUGUACCUUGUCAGCCGUUUUGAAGGAAAGUUUGAGGAGAUGAACUCCGCUGAGAUCCCUAUCGAGGUUGAACACCCUGUCCCUCAAGCGGCUGGUCCACCUUCGCCUACUGAUGCCAUGGAUCAAGAAACCAUGACCAUGUUGCCGGUGGUAGGGUAUAGCUUGACAGAUUUGGAACCACCAGUCAGCCAUGAGCCAGCAUCGCAGAGCUCGGAGCUGAUCAGUUCUCAUCCCGACCUAGCGGGUGGGAUCAUGAGAAUAGCUCCCGCAGAAGCCACUACGGAUACAGACUACUGGUUGCUUUCGGACGCCGGUGUUGGCAUCUCAGAUAUAUGGAGGAGUGAUCCUUCAAAUGCAAUGUGGGAUGAGGUUGUGAGACUCAAUGCAGAAUUUGGAAAUGAGAACAUGGGAUCACCGCGACCUCACACUCCGACAUCUAGUAAUUCGAUGGAAGUCGUUCCAGUUAGUUGAACAUGGAAGCCUCUAGAAUCUGCUAGGCCAACUCGAGUCUCAAUUUCACGAGUGCUCGAGGCAUGAAGCCUAGGAAGACCUAAGUCCCUCCGCUAAGGUUCGGCGGUGAACCUGCUUGAUAUGGCUUCAACAGCGCCCCACAAACCUGUACACUACGAACUGAUCGAAUAUCUUCCGGAAAGAAGAUGCCAAAAUCCUAACAGUUGGUUUGGGCCCUCUGUCCUGCAAUUGGAACUAGUUCAUGGUCCUGGUAGAUGACAUUACUGGCUCGUGUUAUGCAUUCUCUUUGGUGCAAGCCAAAUGAGUACGUUCUGUGUAAGGUGCCUGACUUUAAGGAUGCAGACGUCCUGAACGAAGAAAUAGCAAUUCGCUUUUUUGAUUCUUUGAUAAAGUCCCAGUUGCUUUGACUUUUGGAUAUGCCUUUUAUGGCAAGUGAACCUAUUCUGCCAGAUGGCAUUCUGCGUACAGAUUUUAGGCGGCAUUGUGUUUGUAGAAGAAAUCUUUCUUAGUGCACGCUGUCUAAUGCAUAUGCUGUCACUUCCAUUUCAGUCUUGAGGUUGAGGUAAGACAGCGCUAUUGUUUAA